AUGGAGGAGCAGGCUAGCGACGCGACAGCGGAGGACCUCUACACCAAGGCUAAAGCUUCAAGGUUCCACUUCAAAUCCGGCUCCAAACGUCGCUCAAAGCGGCACGAACGCGAAGGCAGAGACGAAAGCACCGAAGACCAAACUUCAAGGAGACACAGGUCGGAUCGCAACAGUCAAGAGCGCCGCAGCCACCGCGAUUCAAGACGCAGACACAAGCACAAGCAUCGUUCCUCUCACGAGGAUCGUCACCCCACGUCUACACGAGAUGGCGCAUACUACGACCCUGACUAUCGUCAUCGCGAAUCAUUAUUCGAUAAUCUAGACGAAUCGGGCGCAGGCUCUCCCGGUCCAGGCCCAGCUCCCGACGAGGCCUUCCGCGAGUCGCUGUUCGACGCGCUAGCCGAUGACGAAGGCGCAGCAUAUUGGGAGGGCGUCUAUGGCCAGCCUGUACACAUAUACCCUGAUACAAAGCCUGGCCCCGAUGGCAAGCUGGAACGCAUGACAGAGGACGAGUAUGCAGACUACGUGCGGACGAAGAUGUGGGAGAAGAGUCAUCAGCACAUCGUUGAAGAGCGCGAGGCGAAGGAGCGCGCACGUCAGCAGCGGAAGGCACAACGCUGUCAGCUUGACAAUGAGGUCGAGCAGGAAGAGGCCGAAAGAGAUAGUAUUCGGCGCCGUAUGGAAGAGAGCCUACGCCGAGGCGAAGAGCGCAAGAAGGCCAAGGAGGCGGAGGCUGCAUGGGAGAAUUAUACGACCAAAUGGGGCAGUUUGAAGAAUGAUCAACGUCUGGAUGGAGAGACAGAUACGAACGUGCGUGAGCUCAUGCCAUGGCCUGUAAUUUCUGGCAAGGCAAAGCAUGUGUCAGAGGAAGAGAUUGAACGCUUCUUGAGGAGCGCAAAGACGUGGAAAGAGGAUUCGGUGGCACUACUGAAGGCGGAACGAGUGCGCUGGCACCCUGACAAGAUGCAGCAGCGGUUCGGACAGCACAUUGAUGGCGAUAUGAUGAGGCAAGUCACGGCGGUUUUCCAGGUCAUCGAUCGGCUAUGGAACGAGCGACGCUGA